AUGCUGGCACUACAGCCCAAUGAAGCGAAGAGCGCUGACACGACCGCUGCUGAAGUGCGCAGUGUGCGCGCGCGUGUCGUUGUCGCAUAUCUCUGUGGUGUGCUUCGGGCAAGCUCGCUCAAGGAUCAAUGUCAGAGACUGCUGAGUGAGUUCCAGAAAUUGAUGACUGAUAUCGCAACUAACAAAAAUGGCUGGACUACCGAUGAUUACCCUCUGCUUGAAAUUGUCGUUCGGAUGCUGUGUAAGAGCGACGAAGCGUUGAUUGCAGACGUUGUGUCGCUGAUGUGGGAUAUGAUUGUCAGUCCAGACGCUGCCAUUCGUGCCACGUCUCCCUACUUGGUGCAAGGACUGUUGUUGUGCUGCGAUGUCGUCACCCUGCGCGAUCGUGUACUGCCUGCAGUCAUAACUCUCAGCAGUGACGAGAACAUGGAUGUGAGGGUGUCCACUAUUCCAGUCUUUGGACACAUACUCGAGUCAGUCAACGAUAAAGGAGUACAAGACAAAAUCAAGAUGCAGCUACAGUCUCUUUUGGAAACUGACGACGUUAAUGCCCUCCUACUGAUGUUCGAGGUCUUGUCCAUGUUAGCAAACAUCAUGCCAACCAUCGAGACAAGUUUUCGGGACGAUUGUAAGCGAGUGUUCAGUAUUAUCAUUCCGCGACUGUACGACAUUUCCUGUCGGACUCAUCAACACAACAACGAUGAGGUACGCGUGGCGCGGGUAGUCGCUCUGCUCGUCAAAACCGUUGUGGCAGCUGUGCAAUCAGAACUGCCACUAGUGGUUUUGCAAAAAUACGUGCAGCCCACAUGCGAUACGCUGCAAAUGCUGCCCCGUACCUGUGUGCGUGUGGAGGACGACGAAACUCUCGCGGAAAUCUCAGUGGAGUGCACCGAGCGCCUUUCAGCCUCAAACGUCGCAGCACAUGCCAUCAGCGAGUCACUGUCGACCACAAAGCAGAAAUUCAAGAACUUCUUCAACAAGAACGAGGACGACGAUUCACAUGUGGACACGAACGGGAUGGAAAACAUGCGCAACGCUAUGAAAACGUCCACUCCACCCCCGGGAGCAGCCACGAAUGCCUUCGCCAAUCUGUUCAAAACCCGAGGGUAGCU